AACUCCAAGGUAUCUCUAUCCAUCUAUCUGUCUGUUCAUGUAACCAGUGAAACAGUACAGCAUCCCAGACAAAUAUUUCCUGGCCUAGAAGCACAUCUUCAGCUUUAUCCCCGAACUUGUUAACUACCACCAGCAUAAUUGAACAGGGCAUUACCGGGCGGGUGGUAAUGCAUUUGCUGGUGGGAAGUGGCCACUAGAGAACCUGCACCCAUACAAAGUAAGAAGAUUUAACAAAGUUGUGCUGACUAUUUUGCUUACAGACAUGUCAUGUGAGUGUAGACAGUUAAAAGGGGAUUAAUUACAUUCACAUUUCUAACCCAGUAUUGAAAAUAAUUCUUAUUGACAUGUUUUCAGUUGUUGCUACUUGUGGAUUCCAAGCCCUUUCAUGUUCUGUGGUGCAUAGGCAAGUGGGAAAUUGACCCCAGACAAACACAAAUUCCCUGUUAAAUGGUCGGCUAAAGAAGUUUUCUUUGGACUUUACAGCUGCAGAUCCAACAUGUGGUCAUUUGGAGUGUUGGUGUGGGAGAUGUUCAGCAAGAGCAGGAAAAAAUCUUUUCAACUGGAAGCUGUGGAGAAAAUCUCAGCAGGACUGAGGCUCUUCAAACCCAAGAUGUCUUCUGAAAGGGGGUACAUGCAGAUGAACAACGGCUGGCAAAAGGACUUCAAUUUCGCCUGUUUUCGUGACUUCGGGUCUUUUCACCGCUUCGGGAGUUCGGCUUCGGCACUUCCACAUUUCGGCUGUUCGGGACUUCAGAAAUGGCCGCAGUCUUCAGCGAUGUCAAGGGGAGCCCAGCUCUUUCCCUGAUGGCUGCACUGAACGUCUGCUUAGUACAGGGGAUGUGUAUAGUGCCAUUGCUUGAUA